UAAUAAUAAUAAUGUUACAACUGUAAAGAAGAACAUCUUGUGCUGUUUACCUUAUUGCCCUUAGCUACGGUGUCUGCUACUCAAAAUAUUCUAAAGAUUAAGCAAUGGCUUUAUAUUUGACUUGUUCCAGAUAUUUGGGAAGACAAAAUAUUAAGCAGAUUCUGUCAUCUACAUCUGCGUUUAAUAGCACCUUGCAGUUCAACACGUCUGCAGUAAAACAGACUGGAGAAACAUUUUUUGAGAAAAAUGAGCGUCUGAAGAGGCCACUUUCUCCUCAUUUAUCAAUAUACAAACCACAGCUUACAUCAAUAUUGUCCGUUACUCAUAGAUUUACUGGUUUAGUGCUAUCUGGUGGUUUGUAUGGCCUGUCAAUAGGAAUGUUGGUACUUCCAUCACGUUUUCCUUAUUAUAUAGAUUAUCUCCAGUCUUUGCACAUUUCUUCUGCUUUGAUAUUUUCUUUAAAGUUUGCUCUAGCAUGGACCGUAUUCUACCAUACAGCUAAUGGAGUGAGGCAUUUGGCAUGGGAUAUGGGUUAUGGAUAUGAUCUGAAAAACUUGUAUUUGUCUGGUUAUUUAGUACUUGGAACAUCUUUAGUUGCAUCUGCUAUAGCUGCUGCAAUGUAAUGCGCAUUUAUAUUUCUAUAAUGUAGUGAAUGAAAACAUGUUGUACAUGUAGACACAAUAAAAGUAAUUUAUAAAUUUA